AUGUCCUGCUCCAGCCUGUGCACCCCUGUGUGCGGGGUGGCCGCCCCAGCCCCAGUGGCUGACAGCACCAACGAGCCCUGCAUACGGCAGUGCCCCGACUCCACCGUGGUGAUCCAGCCCCCGGCCACGGUGCUCACCUUGCCUGGGCCCAUCCUCAGCUCCUUCCCACAGCAUGCCGUGGUCGGCUCGGCAGGAGUCCCGGGUGUGGCAGGGGGCUUCGGCGGCACUUUUGGAGGCCGUGGUGGCUUUGGGGGCUAUGGAGGCCUUGGGGGUUAUGGCAGGCUUUUGGGCUAUGGAGGUCUUGGGAGCUAUGGAGGCCUUUUGGGCUAUGGAGGCCUUGGAGGCUAUGGGGGCUAUGGAGCCUUUGGGAGCUGCGGGUAUGGAGGUUGGGCUCUAAGCCACAGGUACCUCAGUGGCAACUGCGGGCCCUGCUAAACUCCAAGGGCCCAUGGAAUGCAGUGCUGCAUCUGCCUUGAGCCUUUACAAACAGCUGCCCUUGAUUUCUACAACCAGAUGCAGAACAAAUCUUUCAGUCCCUCUUUCAGCUGUGCCAAAGCAGCUAGUUUAAUCUACUGCUCCUUGCUUUUUUGCACAGAAUAACCUUGCAGAUGUGUAUCUGGGGCUUCAGGGUAUUAACAAUCCCUUCAAAAGCUCCCCUCUAUCUGCAAUACAGCAGAACAGUGCUCAUCCUUGGGUGAGUGUCUCCCCUCUCUGCCCAGAUCUGAGGUUCCCGAACAAUGCUAAGAAGGGGGAAUCUUUGAGGUGAAGUCCUGUGUUGGAACUUGCUGCAG